CUUCAUUGUUCACUUAGCUAAUGUGCUAGCCAGACACUAGCGCUCUAGAAAGACAUUAAACGUGUUAUACGCUUGUCUAAAGUAGUUGGAAUUUCCACCGGACAUUUGGCAAUUUGACGGCUCAGCCAUGAGCAAGAGAAAAGCCCCACAGGAAUCUCUCAACGAGGGAAUAACAGACUUUCUUGUGGAGUUGGCCAACUACGAGAAGAACGUCAACAGGGCAAUUCACAAGUACAAUGCUUACAGGAAAGCAGCCUCUACAAUUGCCAAGUACCCUCAAAAGAUAAAAAAUGGCGAAGAAGCCAAGAAACUGGAUGGCGUUGGAGCUAAAAUAGCUGAAAAGAUAGACGAGUACCUACAGACAGGAACCCUACGGAAACUGGAAAAGAUUCGAAAUGACGACACCAGCUCGUCUAUCAAUUUUCUCACAAGGGUAACUGGAAUUGGCCCGGCUGCUGCCAGGAAGUUCUUCGAAGAAGGCGUGAAGAGUCUUGAAGAUUUGAAAAAGAUGGAACACAAGCUUAACCAUCAUCAACAGAUUGGGCUCAAGUAUUUCGAGGACUUUGAGAAAAGGAUUCCACGAACUGAGAUGGAAAAGAUGGAGACACUUAUCCUUGACGAGUUGACAAAGAUUGACACCGAAUACAUUGGAACAAUCUGCGGAAGUUACAGAAGAGGUGCUGCAUCGAGUGGUGAUAUUGAUAUUUUGCUGACCCACCCAGACUUCACCUCUCAGACAGAGAAGCAACCAAAGCUCCUCCAUGCUGUGGUGGAACAUUUGGAGUCGAUCGGCUUUGUGACUGACACUCUAUCCAAAGGGGACUCCAAGUUCAUGGGAGUUUGUCAACUGCAACAUGGAGAUGAAGACGAGGAAGAAUACCUUCACAGGCGCAUUGAUAUCAGAUUAAUCCCCAAGGACCAGUACUACUGUGGCGUUCUUUAUUUCACCGGAAGUGACAUCUUCAACAAAAGCAUGAGAACUCACGCCUUGGAGAAGGGCUUUACGCUCAAUGAAUACACCAUACGACCACUUGGGGUCACCGGUGUGGCAGGGGAGCCUCUGUUGGUGGAUAGUGAAAAAGAUAUCUUUGAAUACAUCCAAUACAAAUACAAGGAGCCGAAGGAUCGCAGUGAAUAAAGAAAAAGAUGGCUUUUAAGUCUUGAAAAUUAGAUUUAGUGACACAAGCAUGCAAAGGUGAAGGUUAUUUGGGGGUAUUUUUUUAAGCGUUACUUCAUUUUUGUGCACUGACAAUGGGCAGUACAAUAUAUUUUUUAAUGUUGUUGUCAUGUUCUACUGUGUCAUCAAGGUUUAGCAAAAGGUAUGCAUGAACACCUGCAAAGAUGCUUUAAAAUUGUGUUUCAUAGAACAUGCCAAGAAGCUGAACCCAUGAGUCACCGAUCUCGACAUAGUCUGGCCAUUAUUACCUGUCGGGCUGAGUACUCAAAAUGUCUUUUUUUUUUUUAAAUAAAUACCUUGAAAUUGUAAUUCGCCCCAAGUCUUGCUCUUAAUGAUGAUUAUGUUACAAAAUAAGAUGCUGUUUAUCCUGAUUUAAAUGGGUAUCGUGUGCGUGCUUGUGUGUGUGUUUUCUUAUUGUGGGUAAAAUGAUGUUUAAGAUGAGCAUUUGUCACAGAUGUGUCGAUAUUGCUGCCAUACUAGUCUCAUUUGCAAUGUGUCAUUUCAUUUUCACAGCAGUGAUUGGUCAGAUUGUUAACGAGUAACUACUGUAGUUCACUGAAUCAAAUGCAGCAGUAGCAUUUGGUCUAGAUGGCUGCAAAUAAAGACCAGAAAAAAAUGGCCUU